AUGAAAAGCAAACAGAGAAAAGUUAAGUACACGGUUCACCGGAAAGUAACAACCGUACCGGAAAAUCCCUUUAUCGGUUUCCCAAAAGUUUUGAAGAUCACAGUGACUGAUCCAUGUGCGACUGAUUCAUCAAGCGACGAAGAAGAAAACGACAAAUCUAUGGCUCCGACGACGAGAGUGAAGCGUUAUGUGGAAGAGAUUAGAUUCGACGGUGAUGCAAAACGAGAAAAACCGACGGAGGAGGAGCCGGUGAAGUACAGAGGAGUAAGACAACGACCUUGGGGUAAAUUCGCGGCGGAGAUUCGUGAUCCGACGACACGUACACGAAUCUGGCUUGGUACUUUUGCGACGGCGAGAGAAGCUGCGAUUGGUUAUGAUAAAGCAGCGAUUCGACUUAAAGGUCAUAACGCUCAGACAAAUCUACUUACUCCUCCUCCUAGUCCUUCUUCUACGGUUGUGUCUGAAACUCCUGUGAUUGAUCUUGAAACGGUUUCUGGUUCUGGUUGUGAUUCAGCGAGAGAUUCACAGCUCAGUCUUUGUUCUCCGACUUCUGUUCUCCGGUAUGAUCGUACCGAAGAAACAGAGUAUAGAACAGAGCCGGUCAAGCUUUCUUCGGUUGAGUUAAAAACCGGAAACGAAGAGGAAACUCCGGCGAAUUCGUUUUUCUUGCCUGAUCUGUUUCGUACCGGAGAUUGUUUCUGGGAUUCUCAGUUUAUUAGUGAUUCUCUGUUUCUAGAUGAAAUCGAAUCGUUGCCGAACAAUAACACAAGCUGUAAUAAAGAUUCGAAUUUAUCAGAGGGUUUAUCGUUAGGUGUGAUCGGUGAUUUCAGCUCAUGCUCAUGGGAUGUUGAUGAGUUUUUCCGGUAA